GACGCGAGUUCGGUUGUGUUUUUGUCUCACCGAACCCUCAAAAGGUCACUUUCAAUUUUUGCGAUCUUGACUUCAACCCUUUCGCCUCUCUCUCUCUCACUCUAUAUAUAACCCCCCCUCUUCUCGCAUCUUCCUUCGCGCACACUCUCCAGCACUUAACUUCAUCGCUUCAAUUAUUCAGGUGAAAAUGUCAAUUGUGAACCUGUCCACUGUGAGAAUUCCAGCAGCUUCCUUGAAUGGAGCAACAACUCCAAGGAGAUCUUGUGCUCUUAUUAAGAGUUCAUCAUCUUUGAGCUCAGUGAAGAACGCCUCCAAAGUAUUCGGAUUGAAAUCUUCCUCCUCCUUUAGAGUGUCUGCGAUGGCAGUAUACAAAGUGAAACUGAUUGGGCCCGAUGGCGAAGAGAACGAAUUUGAAGCCCCCGAUGACUCCUACAUUUUGGAUUCGGCCGAGAAUGCUGGGCUCGAGCUGCCUUACUCGUGCAGGGCCGGUGCCUGCUCUACUUGUGCUGGCCAAAUAGUUUCGGGCUCUGUGGAUCAAUCUGAUCAAUCCUUUUUGGAUGACCAGCAAACAGAAAAGGGUUAUCUCCUCACAUGUGUCUCAUACCCAAAAUCUGAUUGUGUCAUUUACACCCAUAAGGAGGGAGAUCUAUGCUAAGUGUUGUGUAUGUUUUUUGUUGGUUCUUCUAAGCUAUCUUAUGUGUCAGGAUUGCGAGUUAUUUUGGAACUAUAUGCUAGUGUCAAUGUGUUUGUAUUCACAAAUAAUAAAGGGACAUGGUUUAUUGCAAAAGUUGUUCAAAAUCUGUCCCAAACCUAGAAAAACAAGGAGGGUUGCGUUGCAUUAGGUUGUCAACAGUCGGUUAGUAUAAAAGUUUUGUCGAAUCUUUAUGUUUAUGACAUUAUUCAUGGGAUAUAAGGUUAUGAAGACUGCAAGUAUUUAUUUAGCAGA